GGCCUGCGCGACGAAAUCCAGGCGCUUUCCUCGGCUAGCGCAACAGGGGGUUGUUUGCGUGGGUCUCUUUUCCUCUGGAAAACCGCCCGCCGCGUCUCUCUCUCAAAGGCCACGAUCAUCCAAAACAGGCCUGUUAUUUUCCACUUCGCGAGGGGAAAAAAGUUCAAGGGGGAGGGUGAGAAGAUAAUAAAUAGGUACGAGGCAUAAAUAUUAAUGAGGCCGGUGAUGUCACGAGAAGCGGAGCUGAGCCGUGUGGCCUCCAGAAAGCGCCAUUUCCUGGAGGAGAAGGAAGAAGCCAAGGCGAGGAAGACUUGCUGAAGGAAGUCGCGGCGGCGGCAGAAGAGAGAGGGAGCUCGGUGCCCGGCCAAGCCGAGCCAUGAUCGCCGAGUGAAUUUUGUCUGCUGCGGGAGGCCAGCAGGGGGGGACCUUCUCGGCUCGGGGAUCUUGGAUUACAAGCUCAGGGAAAGAGGAGGAGAAGGCUCAGCUGAGCCGAGCGAGCAUUGGUGUAGUGCCUGACUCUGCCACAUCAGGGUUCCUUUGCCCUGCUCAGGUCGUGUGCGCGAAGAAGAGAUCCCCGACGCGGCUGGACCUCCACGUCCGCCGGCCAGCGACAGUCGCGUCCUGCACUCUCCCGUGGGAGCCCUUGACUAAGGGCAUCGCUUUGGCUCUCUACCCCUCCUCCCGCCCCCCGCUUUGCCACCCGCCUUUUCUGCUUUUUCGCCCUCCACCUCCUCUUCCUCCCCCCCCCUUUUUUUUUGGACGCGAGGAGAGGCAACCGGUGUGGAGGUAGCGGGGAGAAUGAUGAUAAAGAUGAUGAUGUGGAAGAGAUGGAGAUGAAGCAGACUAUGCAGAUCCGGGGACUGCUGUUGCUGCUGCCGGCACUAUGGGCUCUCUUUCUGCGGGACAUCGCGGCUGUAACAGAGGAGGGAGGUUGCUUUCUUUCAGGAAUGAAGGUUACUGGAAUGCCAAUCAAACUGAAGGUUUCCCAGGGACAGCCUGUGAAACUGAACUGCAGCCUCGAGGGAAUGGAAGACCCAGAGAUGCUGUGGAUCAAGGAUGGAGCUGUGGUGCAGAGCGUGGACCAGGUGUACAUUCCAGUGGAUGAAGAACACUGGAUUGGGUUCCUCAGCUUGAAAUCUGUAGACCGGAAAGACUCUGGAAAGUAUUGGUGCCAAGUUGAGACCAAUGGGAAGAAGGAAGAAUCACAGCAAGUGUGGCUCAUUGUGGAAGGUGUUCCCUACUUCACUGUUGAGCCGGAAGAUGUGUCUGUAAUCCCCAAUACUCCUUUUCACCUAGUCUGUGCUGCAGUUGGCCCACCUGAGCCAGUGACAAUUGUCUGGUGGAUGGGCGAUUCCAGAGUUGGGCUUCCUGACAUCUCCCCCUCCACCCUAAACGUGUCAGGUAUUAAUCAAAGCACAGUUUUCUCCUGUGAAGCCCACAACAUAAAGGGACUGUCUUCAUCUCGGACAGCCACUGUGCAAAUUAAAGCUGUCCCCUUUCCACCUCUCAACGUGAGGGUAACUCAAAUCACCAGCAACAAUGCCAAUAUUGCUUGGCUGCCAGGAUUUGAUGGCCGUUCCCCACUUCAUUCUUGUACAAUUCAGGUGUCUGAGCCACAAGAAGAUGAGGAGGUUUCCACAGAGGUUGUCUUUGUUCCCUCCUUUUCCAGGGUUUUUCCAGGAUUAAAGCACGCAACCAAUUAUAGUGCUCGGGUCCAGUGCACUAACGAAAUGGGCAGCUCCCCUUUUACAAACUGGGUCUUUUUUCAGACCUUGGGAUUAGCUCCAAACAGUACUCCGCAAAAUGUACACAUUAUACAAAGAGAUUCUUGUCUGAUAUUGGAAUGGGAGACAACGGCUUCAGAAAUGCAAAAGGAUAAUGCCCUAGGAUACAAGCUGGAAUGGAGUCAAGAUAACAUAACACAGGGGGAAAUGAUAGUGCAGGAGACAAGAGCCAACCUUACCAUGUGGAAUCCUUUGAAGGAUCUUACAAUCAGGGUGUGUAUGCUCAACUCUGCUGGCUGUGGACCUUGGAGUGAGCCCUUGCUGGUUACAGCUGAAGAUUUAAUAGGAGGACAAAGACAACCGCCUUAUGGCACAUCCUGGGUUCCUGUGGUUUUAGGAAUUCUUACUGCACUAGUCACAGCAGUUGCCUUGGCACUGAUACUCUUGCGGAAAAGAAGAAAAGAAACUCGUUUUGGUCAUGCCUUUGGCAGUGUGGUGGGAGGGGAUCCAGUAGUCCAUUUCAGAGCAGUGAGAUCUUUCAACAGAGAAGGCCCAGAGCUUAUUGAGGCAACAUUGGACAGUAUAGGAAUCAGUGAUGACCUGAAGACCAAACUGAAAGAUGUCCUGAUUCAGGAGCAACAGUUUACUCUGGGAAGAAUGCUAGGCAAGGGGGAAUUUGGGUCCGUAAGAGAAGGUCAACUGAAGUUGCUUGAUGGCUCUCUCCAGAAGGUUGCAGUGAAAAUGCUAAAAGCGGACAUCUUCACCUCAAAUGACAUUGAGGAGUUCCUGAAGGAAGCUGCCUGCAUGAAGGAGUUUGACCAUCCACAUGUUACUAAACUGAUAGGAGUCAGCUUGCGCAAUCGGCCUAAAGGCCGGCUUCCGAUCCCAAUGGUUAUCUUGCCCUUCAUGAAGCAUGGAGACCUUCACUCUUUUCUGCUGAUGUCCCGGAUUGGAGAAACCCCCUUUAACUUGCCUCUUCAGACACUCCUAAAGUUUAUGAUUGAUAUUGCUAGUGGCAUGGAGUACCUGAGCUCCAAAAACUUCAUACACAGAGACCUAGCUGCUCGGAACUGCAUGUUGGAUGAAUACAUGAAUGUGUGUGUUGCUGAUUUUGGGCUUUCAAAGAAAAUCUAUAGUGGAGACUAUUACCGUCAGGGCUGUGCCUCUAAGCUGCCAGUGAAGUGGCUUGCACUGGAAAGCCUGGCGGACAAUCUCUACACAACACAUAGUGAUGUGUGGUCAUUUGGUGUGACAAUGUGGGAAAUUGUGACCCGAGGGCAAACUCCUUAUGCAGGCAUUGAGAAUGCAGAAAUUUACAACUACCUCAUCAGUGGAAACAGACUGAAGCAGCCCCUGGAGUGCUUGGAAGAUGUCUACGAUCUCAUGUGCAGAUGCUGGCAUUCUGAACCUAAGCUUCGCCCCAGCUUUGGAGCACUGAAACUGCAACUAGAAAUGAUAUUGGCAAGACUGUCUUUGCUCUCAUCCAGUCAGGAUCCUCUGUAUGUCAACAUUGGGAUGCCACAAGAAGCUUACAGGAAUGACCACUCAAUUGACCAUCCCUUUGGAACCUUGGACAGUGAAGUGAACAUUGCAGGAGCAGCUACUGCUGUCGCUAGUGACUAUCGUUACAUCAUGAGCCCCUUGUGCCUUGGGAAUGAUGCUGAAAGCGAAAGGCAUCCGGAUGCAUCUGCCAGGGAGCCCAGGAGCUUUCUUUAUGAUUUGGAGAUGGGACCAAAAGAAUGUUAGCCUGAGGGGGGGGGGAAGAGACACUUCACUCUCCUCCAAUAAGAUGUGUGUAUUUUUAUCAUCAUAUGGUACUGCUUUACAAAGACAGUUGAAGCUGUAAUGUGGGCUACUUCUGCAGCUGUUUGUGUUGCUGUGGCUAACAGCUCAGAAUGACCACAGAUCUUAAUCACCUCUUGGCCUUCACAGACCAAUUUCCUGCAAUGGUCAAAUGAAAUUUAAUGGGAGUGGCCCCAGUCUGUUACACCCAGCAAAUGCUUGUUUGUCCACAAAAUCCUUAAUGGAGUAUUGGGGUUGAGUAGGUGCUACUCAGCACUUCUUUUGGUAAGAUUUUCCAACUCUGAGCAAGCAAGUUUGGGACCAGCACAUUUUGUGGGGAAAUUACCUGCCAGGUGUUCACAUUGAUUUACACUGUCUUUAAGGGCAUGAGGGGAAAAGCCUAAUUUAGCAGUACCACCUAGUCCGUCUGUCUACCUCAGUGGUUCUCAAACUGGGAUCAGUAUGGCUUCUGUACAAUGAAAAAGCUUGUACUUUUGUCAGAAUGUUAUUUGGUUGCCAGAUGGAAGCAUUCCUCAAGGCUUAUGUAGUAGCUAAGCAACAACAUUCUAACACACUCUUCACCAACCUGGUGCAGCAAACGUAAAUGGCUGUGCUAGCUGGGGAUAGGAGUUGCAGUCCAAAUCAUGCGGAGGCACCAGGUUGGUGAAAGCUGUUCUAGCACCUCCCCACAGGGUUGGCCUUCUCCCACACUGCAGGAUUGGCUUUUCUGGUCUUUCUUUGCUUUAUUUUUGACAUGAAAUUGAUUAUGAACAAAGUUGCCUUGAGAGCAAAACUCUCCGAGAGUGUGACAAAUGUAUAUGGACAAAACCAAGCUUCAACAGAUUCCAUGCAGAAAAAGCUGUUACAGAUUGGGAUAAUUUGGUUCUAAGGCUGCAAUAUCAUACCCACUUACCUGCGAAUAAGACCCACUGAACUCAAUGGUACUUACUUCUGAGCAGACAGGUAUAGAAUUGUGCUGUCAACACAGACAAAAUAUAAAUAACAUGUAAAGAAAAAGGAGGUCUGUAACGAUUGUAAAAGGCAGGACUUUAAGUUAAAAACUGAUGUUCAUUUUAUAGUCUUUAUCUUGCCACUUAAAGAAAAAGAUUAGCUGCAAUAAGGAAAUUGCUCAACUGACAUCAGCAGAAAAAUUAGGUGCCAGUGGGAUGCUUCUUAUGCAGUGAAGUAGUUUUCAGCCAGAAAGAGUUUGAGAAUCACUGGCCGCUUCAUUUGAGGCUGUCCUGGUAUUUUGCAGAUAUUAACUGCAUAGGAAGAGAACUUCAUUUAUUUUGGUAACAUUCCAGAAGAAAAUACUCAUUUUUAAGCUCUCAUUUUCCAAGCCAGCGUUUGUGAUUAAUCAUAACUGAAAAUAAUAACAUGUGCUUUGAAGAAGAAAACUUUGACAAUGCGUAAAUCAGUCAAUGUUUUUGUAUAGCAAUUCCUAACAUAAGGUAGGCCUAGAGCAUUACACAUGCUUAAUGGCUGUCUGAAUUUUUAGCAAUCCUAAAUUCUUCCUCUUGAAUUGUUAGAAGAGGUCCCUGAUGCAGUGGUAUUCAAUAUGCAGCCCCAGAAUCACACUGUGUGUGUCGCAACUUAAGUAUUUUUCAGUCUGAUUGAUUUUCCAUGAGAAUGUAUAAAAUAUGCUUAGCUCUUCAGUAUUGAAAGCCAUAGGCAUUAAAAUACCUUUUGAGGGAGGAGGGGCUGGAUCAUAUCCAUUAUUUAGUUUCCAGCCUGUAGAUCCCUUACAGCCGAGAUGGAGAACCUGUGACCCUCCCAACAUUACUGGACUCCUAACUCGCCUCAGCCAGUAUGGCCAAUGGUCAGUGAUGUUGAGAGUUGGACUCCAACAAUAUCUGGAGGGCCACAGGUUCCCCAUCCCUGCCUUAGAGGCUAUCUGCACAGCAAAACCCCACACAUAGUAAGAGAAUACCACUGAUAGUAUGUUUGUAUUAUUAGUCAUGCUUUCCUUGAUGGCUAUUUCAUUCUGUGCUCACUGAGGCCACAUUUCUUCCUGCCACUUGGAGAAGUAGGUAACCUGGAAUUACUGGAAUUCAAAUCACCCAACAGAUCCUCCUGAGGGACACUGGCAAGGCCCCUUCUCAGUCAGGUUACCUUGAUCAAGUUUUCCUCUUCUGUUCAUAUAAAUAAAAAGGUAAAGGUGUCCCCGCACUUGUAGUGCGAGUCGUUUCCAACUCUUAGGGUGACAUCUUGCGACGUUUACUAGGCAGACCGUAUAUAUGGGGUGGGAUUGCCAGUUCCAUCCCCGGCCUUUCUUUAUACCCCAGCAUAGGCCGGGUACUCAUUUUACUGACCACGGAUGGAUGGAAGGCUGAGUGGACCUCGACCCCUUUUACCGGAGAUUUGACUCCCUCCUUUUGUUGGAAUCGAACUCCGCCCGUGAGCAGAGCUUCGGCUGCGUUACCGCCGCUUACCACUCUUCCCAGUCUUCCCAGUCUGUUAAACUGGAGUAGUCAUUCUCAUGCACCAGUAGCAUUGCAGGGUAAGUAAUUCAUCGAAGUCAUUUCAUCUCUGCCCCCACUCUAGCAUCACUCUUCAGCAUGACUUAAGAAAUAGAAACCAGGGUAGGCCUAAGCAGCUAGAACUAUGCCCUGUUCUGUUAGUCUCCCUGCAUUUUUUGGGACAGAGUAAAUGGGCUGCCCUUAGCAAGAAAAUUUAGAAAGAAAGCCUGUUUUCCAUUCUCUGCUGCUCAAAAAGGUUUUAUCAGUAGGCAGAGGCAGAUUUAACUCACUCUCACACACACAAAGGAUCCCAGAAUUCAUUUUUCAUUCUAUGAAAAAAAAGUGCUCCCCAUAUUACUAGGUGGUCUGGCAACUACUAACAGCCAUAUUAAAGAUGAUAGGGGCAACCAGGUUCUGCUCUGUUCAUGUAUAAAAUGGGUAUCUAAUUUUCAGAACAAAAGGUGUAUGUGUGGGUGAUAGGAGCUGAAUGUUCCCCUGCCUUACCUUGCGACACUCUUUUGCUGCAUGACUUUUCUCCCAAGCCUAGAUCCAAUACCAGUGAGCCAAGCUGGGGAGAAGCGUGCCUGAAAUGUCAAAGCAUCAGGGAGUAAGGCAACAUGCAUCUUUUGUUGUUAAAAUUAGAUCCCCUCGUGCAAGCUGCUUUAUAUGUGAAUAGGGCAUCCACAUGAAUCAUAAUGUGGCUGUCCCUCUCAGACAAAGUUUGGCCCUAAGAAGGACAUCAAGGCAGGGAUGUGAGAGAUACACUAUGUCUCUGGGUGCAUGGUACCUGCACAGAAAUAAAAUAAUUAAAUACAUGGGCCUUCUCUGCCCUACCCAAUCCAAAUUAACAUAGCGCUCUCCACACCUUUCAGAAAGAUGUGAUGAGAAAUUGGAGAAAACCCCGCUUUUGUGCAGCCUUAACCAUGCUGAUUGUGUGAAUAAAGGAGUGGCUAAGGGUUAAAAGGUUUGCAUUGUUAUCAUGAAAAACAAGCUUAGAAAUAUUACACAUAUUAAUAAAUCUGUAAUGAAAUAGCAUUAUCUAGAAAACAAGUUCUUUCUUUGUGCAAACAUCAUCGGUGGUAUGCCUUUAUUGCCAGUGGUAUUUGGUAUGCAUAUGAGCUUCCUAUAAUCACAAUAGUGUAUUACCAAAAGCAAGUAAUUAAUGUGGUGCUGCUAAACUGGUGGUACGCUAAUGACAUUAUGAUUAAAAAUAGUUCUGUACAGUAAAUGCUGAGAAAUCCAUGCUUUAUGUACUGGAAUGAAGCAGUAGAUUUGGAACCAAACAGUUUCCCUGUGAAGUCUUGUGACAGAGACCCAAGUUUCAAUUUUUACUCUUGAAUCCAAGUCCAGAUUUGAAAUGAGCAUUUUGCAGUUUGCAGAGGGGAAAUUCUGUGGGAUAUUGCAGUUUUUCAAUUGGGAUUUUUAUGGACACUCCCCUGAUUUAAUUAACUCACUCAAAGCAAGUGUUCUGGGAAGUCUUUCCAAUGAAUGGCCUACGCAAUAAUUUAACAUGGGCGUAGAACGGACUUUGUUGGACAUUAGUCAGUGCCCUCUGCCCAAUUUAUUUAAAAUGUCCAGGAGUCUGGUGAAAACAAUUCUUUGUUAAGACUGCUAUCUUGCCACCAUACCUGUGCUCUCAAGUGCACAGUGUGAAGCAUGAUGUUUAACAGUCUGACCCUAUCAUAUAAUUCCCUCUAUUUCCAGUGUUCAGGAAUGAAUGCUGUUGCUUGUAGCCAAAACAGUAUCACCCACACACAAGUGGGAGGUAUUAGCAGGCUCAGGGGAGCCUUAAAGUUUGAAGAAAUACCAAAAAACUUAAGGGGGAAAAAACCUAAGGGGGAACCUUAAAAAGGACUGGACAUGCUUCUAGCUACGGAAUGCUGGUUGACUGUUUGGGGGAGGGGGGUAUCGAACCCUAAACAGAAGCACUCCACACUGUAACAUUUUGUUGCAGGUCCCAUUUGUGCCUCUUUAAUUUGGAGUUCAGUCUGAUGAAUCCAAUGGAAUUUAUUCCCAAACAAAUGUGCAUAAGAUCACAGCUUGUUUCCUGCAGCAGCCACCUAGCAAGAAGAGCAAGUGUACAUAUAAAAUCUAAUUUUCUGAAGCAUGUCAUUAGUUUUUAUGCUUUUUUAAAAUAAAACAUGUACUGUGUCCUA